UAUACAUUGUUUACAGGUGGCGCUGGUGGAAGUGUAAUAGCAAAUCGUUUGACAGAGGAUCCCGGUACCAACGUUCUGGUCAUCGAAGCAGGCUCCAGCGACUUCGGGAACCUUGAAAUUGAGGUUCCAUCGUUUGCAUCACGUCUUACCGGCUCUCAGUUCGAUUGGAACUUCACUACCUUGCCUCAGCCUGGUCUCGAUGGUCGUUCCAUUGCAUACGCUCGUGGCUUCGUCCUCGGGGGAUCUACCGCUAUUAAUGUGAUGGCGUUUUGUAGGGGCUCUAGAGACGACUUUGAUCGCUGGUCUGAGGUCACGGAGGAUAGUGGAUGGACAUGGGAGUCGCUACAGCCAUUCAUGAAGAAGAUGGAAAGAAUCACUCCACCCGCCGACCGGCGUAACACUACGGGUGAAAUUGACCUACCUAUUCACGGUACUAAUGGGCCAGUGGGCAUUAGUCUUCCAGGGAAACUGUUGCCCACGGAUCAGCGGACUAUCAACGCUUCUCAUCAGCUCUCGGAGGAAUUUCCAUUCAACAUCGAUUAUAAUUCUGGACAAACAAUUGGAAUAGGUCAGCGGUUGAUCCAUCCUACACAUGGACAACGAGUAACGGCAGCUAGCGCGUAUCUUGAGCCUGUCUUCACGAGGGAAAAUCUCGAUAUCCUGGUCAACACCCAAGUCACCAGGAUAAUUCACACAGGCUCUCAAUCCGGGACUCCAGUUAUGGCAGGGGUCGAAUUUGCUCAAGCAUCAUCACCCUACGAUAUCUACAGUAUGAAUGCAACGAGAGAGGUAAUACUUUCUGCUGGAGCGAUCAAGACACCGCAUCUUUUAAUGCUAUCCGGUAUCGGAGACGCUUCAUACCUUUCUUCAAUCGGUAUAACAGCUACCAUUGACCUCCCCGAUGUGGGCGCUAACUUACAAGAUCACCCACUUACCACUAUCUCAUGGACGGUCAAUUCAUCGAACACGUUGGAUAAAACAAGGAUUGAUACAACAUUCGCUGACCAGCAGCUUCAGCAAUGGAAUCAGUCUCGCACAGGAGACCUCGUCAUUGGCCCUGGAAACCAGCUUGGAUGGCUGAGGCUACCGGAAAACUCCACAAUCUUCGAGAAUGUGACAGAUCCAAGCGCGGGCCCUACUUCAGCACAUUAUGAAUUUAUUCCUACGGAUAGUUUUGUUUCGUUCUCCCAACCGUUUCCGCAAGAGGGAAAUUUCUUCACCAUGUUCGUCAAUCUCGUCUCACCCGCCUCUCGUGGAAAUAUCUCUUUGGCUUCUACAGACCCGUUCGACCAUCCCCUCAUCAACUCCAAUCUGCUGGAUCCCGCAGAACCCUUCGAUAUUUUUUCCCUUCGCGAGGGUAUCAAAGCUGCUAGAAGGUUCAUGGCCGCACCGGCGUGGAACGGCUGGAUUCUGAACGAGACCAGCCCAUCAGCCGAGGCUCAGACGGACGAAGAGAUCGAAGCGUUUGUGAGGCAGACCUGCUUUACAGUCAAUCACGUUUCAUGCACUGUUCCGAUGGGCGGGAACGGAACAGGGAGGGGUAGCGGCGCUUUAGAAUCUGAUUUGAGGGUGAAAGGAACGGUGGGGCUCAGGGUUGUGGAUGCCUCGGCAUUUCCUUUUAUACCAGCUGCGCACACCCAGGUACCCACCUAUAUUCUAGCAGAGCGGGCCGCAGAGAUGAUCAAAAAUCACUACUCGGGUGCGUAUUCUGUUACAGACUGUAUUGAACAUUUUCUAAUGAUGGCAUAA